AUGUCUUCAGAAUCCUCAUUGACAAGGCUCGUUGUGAAACCUAUCACACGAUGGAAAGCAAGUCAACUUUGGAACAAAUCAACACCAAAAGCGGAAGAAUCACCAUGCCAAGUUUUCCAGCUUUCUACCGUGACCGACACAGGCGACUACUUGCCGCCUUCGCCAACCCUGGAAAAGGAAGUGGCCUCCAAACGCAGUUUACGGGAUUGGUGGUGGGUCAAUGACGACCGCAUGCACGAUUCCUUUCGACUACCCCAUCAGCCUGCUUGA